AUGAUAUUUUCCCUCGCUUCAGCCACUCUUCGAAUCUCUCGUCUUUCUCGCCGUUCCACUCUACAGUUGACAUUCAGAGCAUACCAAUCCACCAUGGCAUCUUCAAACAAGUCUCAGCAAUUCUUUCACACCUCCGGCGCGACUGACUCUGUGUGGGUACACCAAGAUCCAGUCUCCAAUCGUCCGUCCUUUUCCAAGCUUGGCUCCGAUGUCGAGACGGACGUCUGCAUCAUCGGCGCCGGCAUCGCUGGCAUAUCGACGGCAUACGAACUCGUCAACCGUGGACGCGAAGUUGUGUUGCUUGAAGCCCGUCAGGUUUUAUCCGGAGAGACUGGACGCACUAGCGGUCACUUGACCAACGAUCUCGAUGAUGGGUACACUGAGAUCGCAAAGAAGCAUGGUGAGAGCGGUGCCAUGGUCGCAGCGGAAAGCCAUGCAUGGGCAAGGGAGCGUGUUGGCGAGAUUUCCAAAGCUCUAGGCAUAGAGUGCGAGUAUCGAAAGCUGCCUGCCUACGAAAUCUCUCAGUAUGCGGCUGAGGAUGCCAAACACGACGAUGAGUUGAGGGAGCUGCGCGAGGAGGAAGCCAUGCAACGAAAACUUGGCCUGGAGGUGACAUUUGAUGAUAAACUGACUGUUCGUGGCUGGGAUGGUGCGAUUGAUCAACGAGGCGGCCUUGUUGUUCACAACCAGGCAACUUUCCACCCAACAAAGUACCUGAAUGGUGUUCUCAAGUGGCUCCAGAAGCAGCCCAACUUCCGCUGCUAUGGCCAGACUCGAGUGAUUUCAGUCGAGGAGAAGGGCAUCGAAAUCCUGGGUAUCGGUAACAAGUCCGUCAACGUCCAGACAACUGACCAGCACACCGUCAAGUGCAACAACGCCGUGGAGACUACCUGCGUGCCCCUGCAGAAGCUCAGCGUCAUCGCCGAGAUGGAGUAUAUGAGGACCUACUGCAUCGCCAUCCGCGUUCCCAAGGGCUCGGUAGAGGACUGUCUUUUGUACGACCAAGCUGAGGAGUACAAGUAUGUCAGACUCACUGCAUGCGACGACAAAGAUGACUACUUGAUUGUUGGAGGAUGCGACCAUAAGGUUGGGCAGGAAGAUACAACAACACAGUCCCAACAGCUUGAAAAAUGGACUCGGGACCGAUUCACCCAGGCUGGAAGGGUUGACUAUCGCUGGAGUGGCCAGAUCUUUGAGCCAGUUGACUUUAUGGCAUUCAUCGGCAAGAACCAGGGCAACGAUCACAUCUACAUCGUCACUGGAGACUCUGGCGAUGGCUUGACUCAUGGUGUACUGGCGGGUCGGCUGAUUGCAGAUGAGAUUGAUGGCGUUGAGAACUCCUGGGCGAGCGUGUACUCCCCGAAGCGUCUGACCUCUAUUGCCAAGUCGCUGCCGAGUAUGGUUGCGCAUGAUCUUCAGAUCAAUACGCAGUACAAGCGAUUCCUGCAGUCGGAUAUUAGCGAUAUCGAGGACCUUGGACUGGGUAUGGGUGGUGUGCUGAACCAGGCGGGUUCAAAGCCGAUGGCUAUCUACAAGGACGAGGAGGGCAACGUCAAGAGGUUUAGUGCCCUGUGCCCGCACAUGAAGGGCGUGGUUUGCUGGAAUGCGACUGAGAAAAGCUUUGACUGUCCUGUUCAUGGAAGUAGGUUCUCGAGGGAAGGUAUUUGUGUCAUGGGUCCGUCGAAGGGGAAUUUGCAGCUUAUUGAUGAGAGUGCAAAGGUGGACCAGGGGUCUGUAGCGGCGAGUUAG